AUGCCUUUAUCGGAUUCGGAGCCAGAGUCCUCCGCGGAGUCCGAUAUCGGCCGCCUCUCUCCUCCUGCUCCGGUCGACCGGAACACGGACCCGGGGUGACCGCAGGGUUCUCGAUCUCCGGCGGGGAUCGCGGGGCAGUGAGUAGAAGGGUUUGGCCUGUUGGGAAGGUGAAGGAGGGAGGAGAUAUGGAGCUCAAGUGGGGGAGCGGACGGCUGUGGGCGGCGGCGCUGGUCGCGCUCGCGGCGGUUGCGGUGGUGGCGGCGGAUCGUGGGCUGAGGCCCGAGGCGGCGGGAGCUGAGGCCGUCGAGGCGGAAGAGGUCGGGGUGUCGGAUUACGUGCUCAAGGUGGUGAAUUUCCUGUGGCGGCCCGAUGAGUCUUCCUACCAACACGUUUGGCCGUCUAUGAAAUUUGGGUGGGAAAUCGUCGUCGGAACGAUCAUUGGGUUCUUGGGAUCGGCGUUCGGAAGCGUCGGAGGCGUCGGCGGGGGUGGGAUUUAUGUUCCUAUGCUCACCCUCAUCAUUGGAUUCGACGCCAAGUCUUCCACUGCCAUAUCAAAAUGUAUGAUCAUGGGCGCGGCGGGAUCGACAGUUUGGUACAACCUUAAGCUCAGGCAUCCAACUCUGGAUAUGCCCAUCAUCGAUUACGAUCUAGCGUUGCUUUUCCAACCGAUGCUCAUGCUGGGGAUCAGUAUUGGAGUCGCGUUCAAUGUCAUCUUUGCUGAUUGGAUGGUCACAGUUCUUCUAAUCAUCCUCUUCAUAGGUACAUCAACUAAGGCAUUCUUGAAGGGUGUAGAGACAUGGAAGAAGGAGACGAUAAUGAAGAAGGAAGCAGCGAUGCUUAAGGAGUCAAACGGAAGGGAUGAAAUAGAAUACAAAGCUCUGCCAUCUGGUCCUGGGGGUGCAUCAAAGAAGGCUCUACGAAAAGAGGCCCCAAUCACCGAAAAUGUCUACUGGAAGAAGCUUGGUCUUCUUUCUUUUGUGUGGAUCUCAUUCCUUAUCCUACAGGUUUUGAAGCAAAACUACACAUCGACCUGUUCCCUAUGGUAUUGGAUUCUGAACUUGCUUCAGGUCCCUGUAUCUUUGGGAGUAUCAGGUUAUGAAGCUGUUAGUUUAUACAGAGGAAAGAGAAUUAUCUCAUCAAAGGGACUGGAAGGGACAGACUUUACAGUCAUUCAACUUGUUUUCUACUGCCUCAUCGGUGUCCUCGCUGGUGUAGUUGGAGGCCUCCUUGGCCUUGGAGGAGGGUUUAUUUUGGGCCCUGUCUUCUUGGAGCUUGGUGUUCCACCGCAGGUCUCGAGUGCUACAGCAACUUUCGCGAUGACAUUUUCUUCGUCCAUGUCUGUUGUAGAAUACUACCUCCUGAAGCGUUUUCCCAUCCCUUACGCAUUGUAUUUUGUGUCUGUGGCAUUGGUGGCUGCCUUUGUCGGCCAGCAUUUGGUUAAGAGGCUGAUCGAAAUACUGGGUAGAGCUUCUCUGAUCAUCUUCAUCCUUGCCUCGACAAUUUUUAUUAGUGCAAUCUCAUUGGGUGGAGUUGGCAUUUCGAACAUGGUUCAAAAGAUCCAGCAUCACGAGUACAUGGGGUUUGAGAAUCUCUGCAAGUAUGAAGCAUAGCAUCAAGAUCUUACGUCCAAAUACUCGGUUAAUCGGGGGGCAGAAGAGAUUACCCUGCAGUGCUCUUCCACCAAUUUAUCGAUGCUUGCAUUCAAUAAAGCUCUUGAAAAUACACUAUUUUGUAGCAUGUUUUCGGAUGUCCUCUUCAGUAAGAUGUUGAGCAACAGUCACCAAUUCGAAGAUGUCUUUUGUGCUGUAACAAAGUAGCCAUAGGAUGGUGAUCUGCAAAAUUUAUUCUUAAUCCCAUUUUUGCAUGUGAUUAGAUUCUCAACUCA